AUGUCUUUCCUGAGACGCCGCUUCGGCGGUGGCGGCGCUGACGAUAGCGAUAUCUCAACACCCGAACUGUCCCGCGAACCUUCCCCAGGUCGGGACGGCAAACGACCCGCGAAUCUACGCCUGAUCACCGCCGAGCAGCUCCAGACGCUCAAGCAGAAGGGAAAACAUAAGAAGAGAAGAAAUGUGUGGGUGUUUGGACUUGGAGGCCUAUUUGGGCUGCUACUUGCGGGCUUCUUUGCGAGCAGUAACGACAUGAUAGACCUGACAAGUCUGGAGGGCGUCAAUCUGGAGAGCAUCAUGGAAGCGCUACCAGACAACUUCGUCAGAAGCGCGCAGCAGUUGCAGAAAACAGAACGAGACGCCGUGAACUACGAUUCUUUCGCCGUCGGUCUCCACGCGCAGAAACAAGGCAUAAAAGCCAAACACCCCGUUAUAAUGAUUCCCGGCGUCAUCUCCACGGGUCUUGAAUCUUGGGGUACGGAAGAAGGCUCACGACAAUACUUUCGCAAGAGGCUAUGGGGUUCAUGGACAAUGAUGCGCGCACUGGUCCUGGAUAAGGCUCAGUGGAAACGACACAUCAUGCUCGACAAAGAUACUGGUCUUGAUCCACCAGGCGUGAAGCUACGAGCAGCUCAGGGCUUUGACGCGGCCGACUUCUUCAUAACGGGGUACUGGAUAUGGAAUAAGAUCCUCGAGAACCUCGCUACGAUAGGUUACGAUCCCGGAAAUGCCUUCACGGCAGCCUACGAUUGGCGCAUGUCCUACAUGAACUACGAAAUCCGCGAUCAAUACUUCACCCGUCUGAAGUCCCAUAUCGAAGUCGCCGUGCGCGUGUCAGAUAAAAAGGUUGUCCUCCUCUCACACUCUAUGGGCUCACAAGUGCUAUACUACUUCUUGCACUGGGUGGAAGCAGAAGGAUACGGCAAUGGCGGUCCAGGUUGGGUAGAUGCCUAUAUUGACAGUUGGAUUAACAUCAGCGGAUGUAUGCUCGGCGCAUUGAAAGACAUGCCCGCCGUUCUCUCCGGCGAGAUGAAAGAUACAGCCCAACUCAACGCCUUCGCAGUGUACGGCCUCGAACGCUUCCUCUCACGAUACGAACGCGCCGAGAUAUUCCGCGCAAUGCCUGGCCUCUCCUCCAUGCUCCCCUUAGGCGGAAACGCCGUCUGGGGUGACGAGAAUGGCGCCCCCGACGAUGCGCCGGGCCAAAACGUCACCUACGGCCCUUUCAUCCGUUUCCGCAACUCAAACUCCACCUUGACGCAAAAGAACAUCACAGUCGACGACAGCCUCCCCUUCCUCUUCCGCAACACCGAACCCUGGUUUAAGAAAAUGAUUCAAACUUCCUACUCCCACGGUGUAGCACACACCACCAAGCACGUCGAAGACAAUCAAUUCCUCCCCGCCAAAUGGGUUAACCCCCUCGAAACGCGACUGCCGCUCGCUCCAAACCUCAAGAUAUAUUGCUUCUAUGGUAUAGGCAAGGAUACGGAGCGUGCAUACUAUUACCGCAGUGAUGAUGAUCCUUUGUCGGGGUUGAAUGUCACGCUCGAUACGAUGUUUACCCAGGAUAAUGUCGACCAUGGUGUUGUCAUGGGUGAAGGGGAUGGAACGGUUAACCUGCUUAGUUCGGGCUAUAUGUGCACGAAAGGAUGGAAGAUGAAGAGGUAUAAUCCCGCGGGGGUUAAGGUUACAACGUUCGAAAUGAAACAUGAACCUGAUCGGUUUAGUCCUAGGGGAGGUCCUAAUACUGCGGAUCAUGUGGACAUUCUGGGGAGAAUGUCGUUGAAUGAUUUGAUUUUGCAGGUUGCGGGUGGUAGGGGCGAGUUGAUUCAAGAGACUAUUCACUCUAAUAUCAGGGAGUAUGCUGAAAAGGUUAAGAUAUAUGAGGAGGAAUAG